AUGCAUAUCACACUUGCACACUCUCUCGUUAUUUUGAGUAUCUUUACAUGCUCUUCCGCAGCAUUACUAGCAACUCCAAACCUGCAAAAUCCCCCUCCUCCCAGUAGACCUUUACCUGCAAUUGCAAUCGAUCGACGCGAGAACCCAAAUACGAACCUCGAAGAACAUCUCGACGCUCGCAAAUUUGCGCCAGGUAUACACGAAGGAUGGAAUGUAGCGUCGAUGAAACCGAGUUCAUUUUUCACCAUCACAACUAAAGAAAUCGUCCCAUUUCAAACUCUCACUUCUCUACCUCCUAUCACCGAACAUACAAGUUUUCCCGAUCUAUUCCUAACCCCCACAACCACCAUUGUCAUCCCAGCAUCUACCAUCUACUUUACGAAAACCGCAGUUACAAUCACACCUCGUGAUGUGAUACAAUUGAAAAGUACUAGUGCGAUAACACCGCUGAGUCGAGCUCUACCACGAACUUUCCAGACGAUGACGAUUACCGGAUCACCUGUACUUGCCUCAUCGACCAUUACCAUUGCUCCAUUAAUUAAACGCCGUGAUUACAACAAAGAUAAAGCUUUUUGCGAAGCUCUUCCGUCCCAGGUUCUCGAGUGUCUUGAAUCACGCAGAGUAUUGAUCCCAGUCAGAACAAGCAGUAUUGUCAAAGAUGGUAUGACUUAUUCGUUGAUUCAAACGUCUGCCGAUACUUUCCUACGUCAUGUUUUUAUCAAUAUCAUGAAUCACCGCGAGAACUACGCUAACAUUGACAUGGAAUCUCAAGGUACAAGUCGAGACGAGCGUACCUGCACACAAACGCAAUGA